GCGACAAGCUACUGUAAGGAGUAGCCAAGAAGAAAAGGGCUUCCUUUCUCUCCAGAAACUUGUUACAGCCAUUGCUACAGCUACAGCUGCGUCCUACCUCAAUUUCAAAUGCUCCAGACUCUAUCUGGGCAUUUCCCAGGAUCUGCUGGGGGAAGAGAAGGCGAAACUGGAGGAGAAUGGAAAGGGAAAGAGCAUUUUAAGAGGAACACAGAGAAUGUACUGCUUCUUCUGAGAACUGUUUACCGGGUUUGGCAUACACCGGGACUAGCUGACCUACAUAUGCAAGUGCCCAACCACUUCUGGGCCUCGUCUCCCCGAGGGGCGUGGCCGAAGGACGACGUCAGCGGUCACUCGGCUUGGGCCCCCACUCACCGGCCAGCGAGGCAGCUGCCAUCAACCCGCCUCAGCCGCUCCCGCUCCGGCUCCGGAGCCGGGAUUUCUCUUCCUCCCACGACAUCGGCUCUCUCUGCUGGGCCUCGCCCCCUCGGACAGCCGAGGCCCCGCAUUGGUGGAGGCGCCUGCGACCAAUCGGAGCGAGUUUUGUUCCGACGUCCGAGGUGCUGGCGGCUGGAGCGUGAGCGGCCGAGAUACAAAUAUGGGCCUCCUUUCAGCUCUGACUCGAGGCUUGGUCCGAGGGGCAGACAGAAUGAGCAAAUGGACAAGCAAGCGUGGCCCCCGAACCUUCUACAAAGGUCGAGGAGCCAAGUUUACUGGCUUUUCUUCAGGUGGGAAAUUUGUGAAGGUGAAGGAAAUGGUCCCUGAGUUUGUAGUUCCAGAUUUGACAGGCUUCAAACUCAAGCCAUAUGUGUCCUACCAAGCUCCAGCUGGCACAGAUGAACCACUGA